GCGCGCACGCGAGAGAGAGAGAGAGAGAGAGAGAGAGAGAGAGAGAGAGAGAGAGAGAAAGAAAGCGAGAGAGAGAGAGAGAGAGAGAGGUUCACCACGUUGAUGCCAACGGUGCAACCUGAUUGCCCGGUUUUGAUCGUAGUCUUCGGAGACCAUGGACGGAUCCGCGAGCAGCUGGCUCUUCGGAUCAAGGCUGCAACCUCAUCAAUCACCGAGAGAGCCACGACGAGAGGAGCUGCACCAGGGUCCGAUCGGCAUGCCUUUUUCGGGGCUUUCCGAUGAUGACAGCUACAGUGAGGAGUACUACAUUCCUGCCGCUGCUCUGCCCACGCAGCACUUGUCAACGCCGCCAUCACGAGACCUUUUGGGUGAUGCAUACAACGGGCCAGGCGAGUUCAGCUCACUUUUAUCUGAUGAAUCGCCUGUCGGGAGAACUCCUCACCUUGCCCCUGAUGGAGUUCAGCGUGCAUUACAUUUUCCGGUUCCAUCAGGCGUUAAGCAAAUCGAUUUGGAGCAGCCACCCAUCGAUAUGGAGGAGCCGCAGAGCGGACAGCAGGAGCCAGUUGCCAGUGAAGAAGAAGAGGAUUCACAGAAACGUGCAAGCUCCGAUGGGAAGGGUUCAGCUGGCGGACAGGCCUUCAAUUCUCCGAAGUUGAAGUGGCAGCCCAUUGCAGAAGCAAUCAAACAGGCAACGGGGAGAGAAGUCAAGAAAUGGGAUGCGUGCACGAAGAAGUGGCGUCAGUUCACAGGCAACUAUAGGGAGAUCAGAGACUUCAUGUUAAAGUCGGGGGCGCCAAGCUACUGGACCAUGUCAGCGGCAGAGAGGAAGCAUCCGAAGAUAGGGGAUGUUCCGUUGAAGGAUGCUCUGCCUCCUAAUUUUGACAGGGAGCACUUUGAUAUGCUUGAUAGCUUCCUUGGCAAGCGGGACUCUAUCACAGGGAGGCACGUUGCAGAUGCUUACAGGAGGAAUCUGAAUAACAACGCGUCGGCGUCCGCCUCUGCAACAGCUACUUUGCCGUGGCCACCACCAGGAGACCUUCCUUCCGAGAGCAACGCAGGACAUGAGAGUGCUUCAUCGGGGGUGGGACAGCAGAGUUUCACGGAGUGUGACGAACGUCCAAAGAAGCGAUCUGCUACACGGGGCAACAUGGAUAUGGCAACUGCUCUGGCGAGCUCUACCGACCGCAUCAUCGAGAGGAUGGAUAGGCAGGCCUCCAUUGGCAACAGGCAGAAUGAUCUCAUGGCAGAGAUGGUGAGCAUUGAGAGAGAACGUGUGAAGGCCGAUACUGUGAAUUCCAGACUAUGGCUGGACGUGUUUGUCAAAAUGACUGACAGACUCUAGAGAGAGAGAGAGAGAGAGAGAGAGAGAGAGAGCACCAAUUUAUUUUUGACGCGAGUACUUAUAAUAAAGCUAGCAGGCAGGG